AUGGCGCAAACACCAGAACAACGCAAGCGCAACGCCAAGUUUACUAAGGAGCAGAAUGCAAAGCGUGGAAAGCCAGCGCAGGAAUUGAAGAAGAAACAGGAGUUUAAGAGCCCUGUUAGCCCGGUAGUUCUUGGUAUUACCCUCCCUCGCCUUGCCGACCUGAACAUUGUAUUGUAUUGCAUUGCAUUGGGAGAGCGUAUACUGAUACUUGGUGUUGUGUUUAGGAGUUCUCGGAUUUGUUGUCUUCGGUGGUCUGAUAUUCGAAUUGCUCAGCAGGUUCUUCCUCCGGUGAGAGAAUGA